CGCUUGACCAGCAAAACAACAACAAGCUGAUAACACACACUAUGGACACGCACUAAUUGUGUUCGCUUUCCUGUGCGUGCCCGUGUCCCGAAAAGCUGAAACAAAAUCGUGCUAACAGUGCAAUGCAAUUAGGUUAAGGAAAUGAGCGUAAUACAGACCAACAACAAAUGGUCUGAAUGAGAAGGUUAUGCUACUGUUUCCAAACGAUCAACCUCGGGAAUUCUGAGUGUGGGUGUGUGCGUGCGUUUAUGUGGUAAGAAAUUAAAGUAAGAAGAAUAGAGAAAAGUUUUAUGUGAUCUAGUAGCUGACUCAGCAUCAAAAAAGCGGAAAGUAUUCAACAAUCAUCCAACAAGGGCUUGCAGACAUCGUUCAACCCUCACCCACAUUCAAUUGCAUUCUUAGCUGCGUCAUUGCGAGUUGAUUGAACCGUACGGUGGGAAGAAAACAACAACCAACAACAAACAAAAAAAAAACAACCAUCGCGAUGGGCAAUCAGCUGGUAGCGCUGGCACCGUCUCAAAUCUUCCCCGUGGAGCAUUAUCUUACGGGGACGUUCGAGUUUGAGCUACAGUUCGAGAAAAGUAUGGGCAGCACACGGUUCAUGAAGGUGGCCAAGGUGAAGGUUGACGAAGGUCCGGCCGUGGUGAAGGUGUUUGUCCGGCACGAUCCAUCGCUACCGCUGGAGCAGCAUCUCGAGCGCAUCGAGUACAUCAAGAAGCAUCUCGCAAACGCGGUCAACUGUUUACCAUUCCAGAAAGUGCUGACGAUGGAAAAAUCGUGCCUUAUCGUGCGGCAGUACGUAAAGCACAGUCUGUACGAUCGGGUCUCGACCCGCCCGUUCCUCACGCUGAUCGAGAAGAAGUGGAUUACGUUUCAAAUUCUGUGCGCACUGCACCAGUGCCACAAGCAGAAAAUAUGUCACGGUGAUAUUAAGCUGGAAAACAUUCUGAUCACCUCGUGGAAUUGGGUGCUGCUGUCGGAUUUUGCCUCGUUCAAACCAACCUACCUGCCGGAAGAUAAUCCGGCCGAUUACAGCUACUUCUUCGAUACGAGCCGUCGGCGGACGUGUUACAUCGCACCGGAACGGUUCGUACGGUCGACGAGCGGUGAAUCGAUUCAGCCGAAGGAUGGGCCACUGGUCGGUGAUGGGCAGUACUACGCGGGGCAUCUGCUGCCCGAGAUGGACAUCUUUUCGGCGGGCUGUGCACUGUUGGAGCUGUGGACGGAAGGUACGGCACCGUUCGAAUUUUCCCAGCUGCUCGCGUACCGCCGGGGUGAGGUGGAUAUGGUGCGGAAGCAUCUGGAUGGGAUCGAGAACGAGCGGUUGCGUGAGCUGGUCGAGUCGAUGCUGAGCCUGGAUCCGCGGGAACGCAAGUCGGCCGAACUGUACCUGGAUCAGGAGCGUGGUAUGCUGUUUCCGGAGUAUUUUUACUCGUUUUUGCAGUCGUAUUUGCAAAUGUUUUCGACCGUGCCGGUGGUACCGCCGGACGAGAAGGUGUCCCGGCUGCACAGCGAUAUUGGGCAGAUUAUACAAAUUUUAACCGGAAACGAGCGGGAGCGAAAGGAUGCAAUUAGCGUGGAGGAGGAGGAGGAGGAGGAUGAACAGCAGGCUGGCACUGUCCACGAAGCGUCUGAUGAUGAUGGGUUAAUACUGAUCACGAGCGUCGUUACGUCCUGCAUACGAGGGUUAAGCUUUUGCCGUUCAAAGCUACUGUCGCUCGAAAUUCUACAAGCGCUGGCCGAAAACACAACCUCCGAAACGAUCCUGGACCGUAUUCUUCCGUACAUCCUUCACCUAGCGCAGGACGCUGCCCCUCGGGUACGAGUUUGUUCGCUCAACACGCUCACACGCUGUCUGCGCAUGGUACGGAAGCUCCCACGCAGCGAUGCGAACGUAUUUCCCGAGUACAUUCUUCCCUCGAUUGCGCCGCUCGCCACCGACAGCUCCACGUUCGUGCGCAUGACGUACGCGCGCAACAUCGCCGCCCUGGCCGACACCGCCGUCAGCUUUCUGGAACAAUCGCAGCACAGCUGCACCUCGGAAAAUAUGCCACCACCGCACUACGAAACGGAGCUGAGCGCACUGCACGAGAUGCUGCACCAGACGGUGCUGUCGCUGCUGACCGAUGCCCAGUCCGCCGUCAAGCAAACGCUCAUGACGUCCGGCAUAACGCAGCUGUGUGUGUUUUUCGGACGGCAGAAGGCGAACGACGUUAUCCUGUCGCACAUGAUCACGUUCCUGAACGACAAGGAGGAUCGCAAUUUGCGCGGUGCAUUCUUCGACUGCAUCGUCGGUGUUGCGUCGUACGUCGGGUGGCACUGUGCACCGAUGCUGUUGCCGCUGCUCCAGCAAGGGCUGACCGAUCCGGAAGAGUUUGUGAUUGCGAAGGCGAUCCACGCCACCACGAUGCUGGUCGAGCUGGGACUGAUCCAGAAGCAGGGUACGAUCGAAUUUAUCGACGAGUGUGCGUGCUAUCUGGCGCACCCGAACCUCUGGAUCCGGCACGAGGUGGUGGAGCUGAUUGCGACGGCCGCCCGCAUUCUGACCGCCAUCGAUGUGCAGUGUAAGGUGCGGCCUUCGAUUGCGGUCCACCUACGGUUUCCGCUGAUCGAAAUCACCUGUCCGGAGCUGCUGUUGGAUUGCCUGCUACCACCGAUCCCGCGCAACAUCUACGAUGCGGUGCUGCGCUUCGGACCGGACAUAACCCCACUGAUUGGGGUGCUGUGCGAACGGAAAGCCGCCCGGAAGCGUCGCACGAGCGAAUCGGAAUCGGUACAGCCGGUCCAGACGCCGUACGGUGGUGAGCAGAUGCCACCGGCCAUACAGCAACUAGUCCGGCGGCUUACUACUGAAGGCCUAACGGACCAGAUCGAGGAGCAGCUGCUAGCGAUGAGAUCGCAUCUGAUGAAGCUACACCACUACAAGCUAGCGGAAACGCGCCACACACAUCAACCUUCCGGGCGGAUCGUGCUCGAUCACUAUCCGGAUGUGAUGGGCGAGGUACAGCUUGCCGCCGACACGAAAGGACCGACGAUAAGACAGGCUGGUGGUGGGGGAGGUGGAGGAGGAGCUGGUGCGUCCGAUGGACUUGCUGCCGAACACGCGAAACAGGGUGGAGUGCGAGGGACACGCAAGAGUGAAUCGGACAGUGCCCAAGACUGGCAGCACAUGCUCAGUGCGAUCGAUUCCCACUCACCGUCGCCAACUUCACCAACGGCAAGCGAACUAACUGCAGCCGGUACGGUGCUGCCCGCCCCGUCCGUAGCCGCCACCGGUGCAUCCGUACCGAUGGCAGCAGCUGCCGCUCUACCACCCACCGCGCACCAUUCCACACCCACCUCGAGCUUGGUCGAGUACAGCCUCCCGGAACGUACCACCGGCUACCAGGAACGGAUGUCCGACUGUCGGCUGGAAAUGGAAGCACUGGUGUCGAAGCUACGCACCCGAUUCGCUACCUACCAGCGGCAACGUGAGCUCCGGGAAACGAACCAGGCAACACCACCACUUCCGCCCGGUUGGCGGCUUACCGGAACGCUGGUCGCCCAUCUCGCCGAGCACAAGGCAGCGGUUAGCCGGAUGGCAGCAUUGAAACCUCACACCGGCUCACUGUUUGCGAGCGCAUCGAUCGAUGGAACGGUGCGGCUGUGGGACUGCAACAAGCUAGACGGCCAACAAUCGGUUAACCGAUCGCGUCAAUCGUACCACGCCAACACGCCCCUGCACGCUGUGGCGGCCUGUGACGCGGGCCAAUCGCUCGCAGUGGCGGGGAAGGAUGGCACACUUCUCCUGCUGAAAAUAGACACCAACUCAAGCAAGAUGGCACUGCAGCAGGCACGCCACUUCGAAGCCGAUACACGCUACUCCAGCUCGAGCGCACCCGAACCGGGCGAAAACGGUGGACCGGAUGAUGGGCCGGUGGUGGAGAUGCAUCCACUCGACCAAGGCGCACAGAGUGUGAUCGUGUACGCGACGCUGUACGGUGCGCUGGUCGGUUGGGAUAUCCGUAUGCCCGACUACGCCUGGCGAUUGCAGAGCGAUCUGCGCAGCGGCGUCAUCACCACGUUCUGCAUCGAUCCGUCCAGCUCGUGGCUAACGGUCGGCACUAGCAGCGGCCGGCACGUUUGCUGGGACUUGCGGUUCCAGCUGCCGAUUGCGGAGAUUAAGCAUCCACACGAUGCCCGGAUACGGCGCGUUUCGCACCAUCCGACCGAAUCGUCGUGGCUAGUGUCGGCUUCGCAGGGUAACAGUGAGGUGUACGUGUGGAACAUUGAAACGGGCCACCGGCAGCAAGCGUACUGGGCCAGCUCGAGCCCACCGCUCUCGAACAGUAACGCUUCGUCGCAUUCGGUGUGUGCGCUGCUGCCGGGUGUUAACGAUGGUAAUCCGUUCCUGCUGACCGGUGGUACCGAUCAACGGUUGCGCUACUGGGAUCCGGUGAACAUUGAAAACUGUGCACUCGUCGUACCGUCGGCGCGGGAUUAUGCACCACUGAACGUGAGCUACGAAUCGCGGCUCAUCGAUGGAACGAAGGUAAUCUCGGAGAUACACUGCAACAACAACAACAACAACAACAACAGCAAUGUGCAGCUUAACAACAAUACGGCCAACAGUAACACCAACAGCAACAAUAAUGCAAACAAUAAUGUCGGCAGUGGAGCUGCAACUGCCGGCAACAAUCCUACCAUGCCCGGUGGCAACAGUAUCGGUGCUGGUGCGGGGCCUAGCUCCGGAACUGGUAUGGGUGGUGGCGGUUCUACCGGCGAGCGGGGCAGUCGCUCGGACGACGAUCACCGGGUAGGGCCGGAAAUGCCCGCCCACGGGCACAACGAUGUGAUCAGCGAUCUGCUGAUGUGUCGCACGGCAAGGCAAACGUUCGUCGCGUCCAGCAGCCGGGAUGGAGUGAUCAAGCUGUGGAAGUAAGUUAAUCCCACGUAACGAAAACCGACUAACAUGCGGGAGUAUUUGUAUUUAGGGAUUUUGUUGUUAACGAUAUGUUUUAUACUAUUUUCAACCCGGUCGCUACCGAAACGGAAUAACCGUGGUCUUACUUUUUUUUCGAAUGAUGUUAGUGUCGAUUUGCCUCCUAUCUUGUUUUGUUUUACAAAACCUAGGGCAGACGUAAACAAGCGUAGGCUGCUAGUUGGUUGUUUCUUACCAAAAUCUUUUUUCUUUUCUACCAAUAUUUUUAUGUUCACUGCGGUGAGAUUAGUUAUCUUCUUGUGAUUAGUAACCACCAGCCUGUUGAAGCUGUUUGUUUGCUUUGCCUAUCGUGUUCUACCCUAAGUCCAUUCGAAAAUAGAUUUGUUUGAUCUUACUACUCUUAAUUGCAACGCAAA